AGAACCGCUGGCUCAUGGUUUUCACGUUUCCCUUCGCGUUGGCUCUCUCUCUCUCUCUCUACAUCUACGCUAUAUAUUUUUCUCUCUCUACAGCGGUCUUCGUAACCCCGUCUUUCUCCUUGCUUGAUCUUCCUUGGAUUAUCACGUCGCCUCGAUUUUACCCUUCGAUCAAUCAAUUUCGCUCCGUUUCCGACCCCAACUUUCGUGUUUUUUUGCAACGUUCAGUUGACAGAGCAUGGAGGAGAAGAAUUGAGACUCUCAAUUGAUCAGCAUCUUGUCUCAGUUCUGCAGAGAGAAUGGCAAUGCUGAUUGUGAAGCCUGACCUGUUGAACCGCUAUACUGAUAAUGAAAUCCAGAUAAACCCCAAAACUUCCAGUGUCUCUCGGCUUGGUAGGGAAGUCAAAUUUCAACGUUUCAAGGAUUACAAAGAUCAAAUAACAGAGGAGGGUGAACAGGAAGAGUACAGUCUGCAGUCAUCACCUAUGCAACCAAAGGAUUCAGUUAAGAAUAGAAGUAGACCUCCAGAAAGAAAAUUCAUAAAUAGUAGAGGAACCCCAGGAAAGCCCAUUUAUACAUCAAAUAAGAAAAUGAGUACUGGAAGUGGAUCUAUGAUGGGUGAAUGUAAGGAUGACGGUGAGGAACAGGACAGUCCGCGAUUAUCACCCUUUAGAAUAAAAUAUCUCAAGGAAAAAAGUAGAACCAGAGAAAGCAAAGGCUCAAAAAGUACAGAGAGGUGCCUGCGUAUGUCAAACAAGAAAAGAAGUCUUGAACAUAAAUUUAACUUGGCAGAACGUGAAGAAGAAGAUGAGGACAGCGCAGGAUCAUCAUUUACAAGUAUGAAGGGUUCAUCUAAGAAAAACAGGCAGACUCCAGAAACCAAGCGCUUAAAUGGUAGAAAAAUUUCAAGGAAAUGUUGGCGUGCCUCAGAGAAGGGUAAUCCUUGCAAAUAUGUCAGUCCUGAAUUUGAAGAAGGUGACAAUGAGGAAUAUUGUUUAUCAACUCCAGUUAAAAAGAGGAGAUAUUGUCAAAGCAAAGGGUCCAAUGGUGAGGGGGAGGAAUAUAGCAUGUUGCCAUCACCUUCAGUUAAGAAAAGGAGAACCUGCAAAAGCAUAUGUUCAGAUGGUGAUGAUUCUGAGGAGGCGCGAAACAGCACUGUGGGUAUGCCAUCCACAAGAGCAAAAUGUUUAGCUAAAGAAAAAAGAAUAGCUCAAGAAAAGGAAUGUUGCAGGGGGGGAAAAAUCUUGCAGAAGUGUCAUGGUACCUUGAACAAGAAAAGGGAGUAUUCUGCCAGUAGAUGGGAAGUUGAAGAAGGUGAAUCGGAGGGAAAGGAUAAAGGAGGAUUAUCAUCAGUGAGAACAAAGACUUCAUUAACUGGAGAAAUUGAAAAUGCACAUGGAAGAAGGAUUUCAGAAAGACAUUACAAUGCCCUGAACAAUGUUAGAUCCUCUGAGAAUGUAUACUUCUAUGGUGAAUGGAUAGAUGAUCUAGAAGAUUUGUUUCUUGGGGAAGAAGAGACGCAUGAUGGAAGUAGACAUUCAAAUGGCAUGGAGAUGAAAGGAAGCUCAAUGGAAUUAAGAGAGAAAAAUUAUGCAUCUGGGAACUCCUCAUUUUGUGGUUUAUCUCCUUCCCCCCCUUCUUCCUUUUCAUCAGGUCCAGUUAUCAGAAAUGAUGUACUCAGAGCUGGCAGAUCCAAGACAAGAAAUCAAAAGAAUACUUGCCUUAAACAGGAAAAAAGGGAAGAGCGGAUAAAGUGUCAUCAGUGUGCGAGGAGUGAUAGGAGAAUUGUAGUUCCUUGCGCUGAGUGUAAAAAGAAAGUAUAUUGUAUCCAGUGUAUCAAGCAGUGGUAUCAGCACUUGUCAGAAGAAGAAAUUGCAGAGAGUUGCCCUUUUUGCCGUCAAAAUUGCAACUGCAACUUGUGCUUGCAUUCAAUUGGCACAAUCAAGACAUCAAAGAGGGACCUCAAUGAUCAGGAGAAGGUUCAGCAUCUUAAUUAUUUAAUCAAGUCUCUUAUUCCAUUUUUGAAACAAAUUCAUCAAGAGCAAACAGAGGAGAUAGAGACAGAGGCCCUAAUUCAAGGGCUACCAUCAUCUGCAAUUACAGUACAGGAGUCCAUUUGUCACAAUGAUGAGCGAGUGUAUUGCAACCACUGUGCAACCUCAAUUGUUGAUCUUCAUAGAAGUUGCCCAAACUGCUCAUAUGAGCUGUGUCUUAGCUGUUGCCGUGAGAUUCGCCAUGGAGAGGAAUUAGGAGCUGGCAGCAAAGGAGUUUUUAAAUAUCUGAACAGAGGCUGUGAUUACAUUCACGGUGGGGACCCUCUGCCACAUUCUCAUAACUUGGAAACUUCUGAUGAACACAAUGAGCCAGUGACCAAAUGGGUUGCCAAUGAUGAUGGAAGUAUCACUUGCGCUCCAAAAGAAAUGGGUGGGUGUGGAAGCUGUGUGCUAGAUAUAAAGUGUCUUCUUCCACAUGGUUGGAUCUCAAACUUGGAAGCUAAAGGAGAAGAAAUAUUAAAGAAAUAUGAGAUUUACCAAAUGAUGUCUGUGCCCAGUUCUCUUGACAGUGACACCAAGAUGUCGCCGUUGACUGUUUCUAGAGAAAGCUGUAGGAAUAAUGUAUUGUAUUGCCCAAAUUCAAGGAAUGUCCUAAAGGAGGAAGAGCUCUUGAAAUUUCGGAGGCAUUGGGCAAAUGGUGAACCAGUGAUUGUUCGAGAUGUUCUUGAGCAGACAACUGGAUUAAGCUGGGAGCCAAUGGUCAUGUGGCGCGCACUUUGUGAGAACUUGGAUUCAAGUAUUACUUCAAAAAUGUCAGAAGUGAAGGCUAUUGAUUGCCUGGCCGGCUGCGAGGUGAGAAUAAGUACUCGCCAAUUUUUCAAAGGUUAUACUGAAGGAAGAAGGUAUAGGAAUUUCUGGCCUGAAAUGCUCAAGCUGAAGGACUGGCCUCCAUCUGACAAAUUUGAGAAUUUCUUGCCACGCCACUGUGAUGAGUUUAUUAGUGCAUUGCCAUUUCAGGAGUACACGGAUCCUAGGGCUGGUUUUCUUAAUCUUGCAGUGAAAUUGCCUGAAGGUGUCCUAAAGCCUGACUUAGGUCCAAAGACAUAUAUUGCAUAUGGAAUUGCUGAAGAACUUGGAAGAGGGGAUUCUGUAACUAAGCUUCACUGUGAUAUGUCUGAUGCGGUGAAUAUAUUGACGCACACUGCAGAAAUAGAAUUAGAUGAUCAGCAACGUGCAGCAAUUGCAGUGUUGAAAAAGAAGCACCAAACUCAAGAUGAAAAGGAGCGCCUUGAUCAAGAGAUGAAUGAAAAUCCUGUGGUGAAUGAGACAGAUGUUAGAGGUGCAGCUUAUGCUAUGGGUGCAUCUAAGAUCAGCAGUACAUCUCAAGCUAGUGAAGUAAUUGUUGAUCAGAUAAAUGGGCACAGAAAAUAUCCUGCUUUUGACAGUUCUUCCCCGGAAGGAACAUCACAUCAAACAGGUGGUGCACUAUGGGACAUCUUUAGGCGUGAAGAUGUACCAAAGUUAGAAGAAUAUCUCAUGAAACACCAUAGAGAAUUCAGGCACACUUACUGUUCUCCAGUUGAACAGGUAGUUCACCCAAUUCACGACCAAUGCUUCUACCUAACUUUGGAACACAAGAAAAAACUCAAGGAGGAAUUUGGAAUAGAGCCAUGGACAUUUGAGCAACGACUUGGAGAGGCAGUAUUUAUCCCUGCUGGCUGUCCGCAUCAAGUCAGGAAUCUCAAAUCAUGCACAAAAGUUGCUGUAGAUUUUGUUUCCCCUGAAAAUGUCCAUGAGUGCAUUCGGCUGACCAAGGAGUUCAGGAAACUGCCCAAAGAUCACAAGGCCAGAGAGGACAAAUUAGAGAUAAGGAAGAUGAUUCUUCAUGCAAUGAACCGAGCCAUUGAAGAUUUUGAAGCCUUUACAUCAUCUUCCUGAAAGCCAUUUGAAUCCAUAAAGCUCGACAACAUUUUUGACAUCUAAAAUAUUUAGAGGAAAUAUACCAUAAUAAGGGAGAGAACUACAGCAGAGCUAAAGAGUGACAUUGAUUGUAAUUUCUUGGAAUAAUUCUUUGCUUAGUCGUAUAUUGCAUUAUUAUGGGUAGUGCUAAUUUUGUACUUGCAAUAUUGGCGGUUGAAUUUCAUUUCAUCACAUGAUGAAAUUUUGACUAUUGUUGAAUAAAGCAUUAAAAGUUCCUAAUUGUUAA